AUGUCUUGUAACGAGGAAUCUUAUGUAAUUACUUCUGAUUUGCUUACAAAAUGGAUGCAACUUGGAUUGGGCAAUGAAAGUUUAGAUGCUGAAUUAACUCAAAUAAUUGAUAAACAUACAGGAAAAAAUUUUCCGGUUAUUCAAGACGAUCAAAGACAGGCAUUUGUCACAUUUAUCUUCCCUAAUGAUUUUACUACAAAAAUGUUUGAAUUUGAACGUUCAUCAGUUAUUCGAUUAAAUUUUCUUCGAAUUUGUUUACGCGAUAAAAGCUUGGGUGAAUCUAAUGUUUUGUCUUCAAUUCUCCCAAUAUUAUUGAAAAUAACAUUUUUGGAUGGAAAUAAUGUUAAAUUACAAAAUUCUGCAAAAAUUUUGCUUGAAGCUAAUAAAUGUUUGGUUAAUUUUCUUUUCAAUUCUUCGGUUGGAAGAGCACAUUUUAAAGAAGAACCUUUUAAACUUUUAAUUUCUCGAAUUUCCUUUGUCGGCCCUAUCCUUAAAGGAAAAAAAGAAAUUUUAUUUUCAAAUGAGAACAAUGGAACUUUUGUUUAUUUAAAUAAUUGGUCUCAACAAGAAUUGGAGGAACUUCUUUUGUUGGAUAUGAAAAUUGUUUUUGUUCUUGAUUGUCAAAAAGAUGUUAACAUAAAUAAAAUACUUCAAGAAAUAAUUUCAAAUUCAUUGGAUAAAUUAAUUGAAUCCCCAUCUCCUUCAGACAGUGUUUCUUCUAUUCGUCCAUUUAUAAACGAAGCUUUGCUUAUUUUAUUUAAUUUUUAUCAUCAAAUUGUUUUUCAACAGCAACCUCUAGAUUCCAAUAUAAUUCAAUUAUUUUUAAAUGAAUGUCAACGUAUUUUACAAAAUUCUUUUCUUGAUAUGGAAAUUAAACAAAAUACAAUUAAUUUUAUGGCUACAAUUCCCAAUACUUUGUCGACGCUUUGUCCAAAGACUGAGGAUUCUACUAUUUACAACCAAAAUAAAUUAAUAUUUGAAGGUUAUGAUGUUACUUUUUUGGACAAAUUACUUGAUAUAUUAGAAGAACAUAUUGAUCAGGUUAUUCCUCCAUUAACAGCCGAGGACGUUAAGUAUCGCCCUGAUGUGGGUUCAUCAUUCAGAAACAAACUUGUUCGUCUGAUUUCAUCAAUUGGCGCCCUUUCUAAUGCGUCCGCAGAUUUUCUUUUUGUGCUUUGCAAACGUUCAGCUGGACGGCUAGUCAAAUACACCGGAUUUGGUCAUGCUGCAGGAUUAUUAGCCGAUCGAGGAAUACUUGGAAGAGCUCUGGCACCAAAACAUCCAUCUGACAGUGAAGACUCGGGGACUGAAGGAUACAAAGAAGUGGAAAAUGAGUAAGGAAUGAAUUAAAUUCCUGUAUUUUAUACUUCCAGAGUAAAUCC